GGAUGGAAUGCUAUUCCGGCCAGUCUUCGGCUCAAUCGAAAUGACGUAGAAGGAGACGAAGGAGGAGUAAACUUUUAAACUUUUAGAAUUGUCGUUAGGGGAGAGGGUCUGUUAUGGUCAUCUUGCUCUGCACUGGCGAUGGUAGAUCUUUGCAGCUACAGUAGGUUAGGUAAGAUAAAUUAGGUAAUAGGUGUACACUUGUACAGUAUAUGUCGAGCUCGGUACCGUUGAUGAGCACCACCACCGGCGCGCCGCGCCGUCUUGCAGUGUACCAGUCUGCACCGCACCGUACCGUAUCGCAUUAACUGUACUAGCGCCGCGACCAUCUCUCCAAGAAUAUCUAUAAGCCCGGUAGAUGCUUCAUACAGAUAGGAUAUCUACUAGAACUACUAGAACUAGGAAUUUUCAAGUUCAGAACAUCAGAACAACGUGUUUAAGCAGCGCAGCGACAAAAGUACGCGAAUACGAGUAUGAGUAAUUCGUGCAGAACCCAAAAUGCUAGGUACCGUGACGGACUGACGGCCGAGGUACCUCACUGCCAGCCUGUACCUGCGGUCACAGCCGCAACCACAGCCACAGCCACGGCGACGGCGACGCCGCUGCUACCUUGCGUCGCGCCGCCAUCGUCUCAACUUUCAUAAGUAUCAACAACAUCGUCAUUCAUAGUGUUAUAUAGACUCUUAGACAGAUAAUCGACGCUUCCAAUUCGAUGGCAAGGCAAGGCAAGGCAAGGCAAGGCAGGGCAGGGCAUGGCAAUGGUGUCGACGCCGCGACGGUGCCGAUGUGCAUUGUCUUGGCAGUGUCUUACUUGCUCUUACUCGUAUAGUAAGUAACGUACGUAGUCGCGUGGAGUACCUAGUCUUACACUUGACGUUAAACCACCGCCGAUAAAUUCGAUCUCUUCCGUGGUGGUCGCAUCGCUCGCCAUCAACUCGCGUUUCCCUUCAAGUUGACCGGAUACGGUAGCCAUAUUAUCAAAUUGGGGUUGCUAAGAAUUUGCUACCACUCGUAGCGUUCGUAUCGCUGACCUAAGCUUUUUAUUUAGUGAUCGCCGCGACCACAUCGUGACCGCGCCUCAUCCCGGACGCCAAUCCUACUUAUCGCGCCCUUUCGACCAUCUUCGAUGGCCGUGAUUAACACCGACUUAUCACGCUAUCGUCUUGGCCAUGGAAGCACGCAGCGCUACCCAGUUUUCGUCCUAAACGCGUCCUGUGUUUGAGAAACGAAAAAAAAAAAAAAAUCGCGAAAAACCACCGACAUGGUGCUCGCUAAUAAUCGCGAUCGUCAUCGCGCCGAUGGCGAUCGAUCUCAUCGUUCGACAGACUGCAAUAAUAAUUAUUCGUCGUCGUCGUUGUCCAACAGGCCGCAAUAUCCGACCGCCUCGAUGGAUCUGACUCGUUUUCAAGAUUCCACUCAUACGCACGAUCUAACUCAAGGACUCAGCAGGGUUGUGAUGGUCAGGAAGAUGGAGCAACGUAUAUUUGUCAAUUCCUGCAAAAGCGGACGACAACAGCCUCAAGUCGAAACAUUAACCAAAGAAACAGUGCAAACCUUCCGUUCCGGUAACAGGACUGAAAGAAAAGUUACCACAUCUCAGAAGAAAGAUAUUUCCGAUGAAUUCGGCGGCUCGCAAGAAUUCAUAACGCUAUCGAGAUCGGCGAGUUCUUCGCCCGAGCUGAUGUGUUCAUUAAAACAGAGAAGCGGCACUAGUAGUGCGGGAGGUAGAAAAACGCCCAACUUACUGUACAGUGGAGCAAAAAGUCCAAAAAGAUGUGAUAUAGAAACCAGCACAUUCGUCCAGCAAUGCUUGCAAGCGCACAAUGAAUACCGAUCCAAACAUAACGUGCCUCCUUUAACGCUCAACAAAAAACUGUGUAGGUAUAGCGAAGAAUGGGCCAAGCAUUUGGUGGUACGAGGCAGCUUAGAGCAUCGACAGAGUUGCCCGUAUGGCGAAAACCUAUUCUGCUGCUGGUCAUCGAUACCCAACUAUACGGUAGAUGGUCGCGAACCAGUCGACAGUUGGUACCAAGAAAAGCAAUACCAUCCGUUUGGUAAAGAACCCUCGUCGCUGAAAUCAGGUCAUUUUACGCAAGUAGUUUGGAUGAGCAGUCGCGAACUGGGCAUCGGUAUCGCCAGAAGUCGCAACGGUCAAAUUUUUGUCGUCGCCAACUACGAUCCACCUGGUAACUUUCUCGGCCAAUUUAGAGAAAAUGUUCCUCCUACAGGUGGUUUUCCAUCCAACGGCGAAUCAUCGGCAUCCGGUUCGACGUGGUGCGUGGCCGCUUCCGAAUACACCGCCGAACGUUACCUCGAAGAUAUGCUCAAGUGUCACAACGAAUAUAGGAAAAAGCACAAAGCACCCGCGUUAGUUUUAAAUCAAGAGUUGUGCAAAAAAGCGCAAGACUGGGCCAAAGUUUUAGCGCGAGAUGAUAAAUUAAUGCAUCGUCCGGACUGCUCGCUGGGUGAAAAUUUAUUCAGCGUAUGGUCUUCUAAUCUUAUCACAGCUCGAGACGCGUGCGUUCGCUGGUACCAAGAAGGCAAAGAUUACAACUAUUCGCUCGAACCGAAAAUUCUGAAAUGCGCCCAUUUCACCCAGAUGGUAUGGAAGGGUACCAAAGAAGCGGGAUUCGGUAUGGCCAAAGGACGAAACGGCAGAGUCGUAAUGGUAGCCAACUAUCAGCCGGCAGGAAAUGUAAUCGGCCAAUUCGGUGAUAACGUUUUACCGCCGUCCUAAUGAUGAUACCAGUUCACCAGUAGACGAGAUUCCUCAAAUUUUCACUAAACAAGUGUCAAUGCUAGGAUGAGAUUUAUUUUACUCGUAAUUUGCCUACUUUACCUUCUCGUUAGUCGUUUAUUAGAACGCCGAUCACCGACGGCAUGCCAGUGCCCCAUUAAUGUUUUUAAAUUAGGCCUAAAGCGUCUUGUGUACUUAGUGUACUUACAUUUCAUUUAAAUAAUCCGAGGGUGAGUAUUGAUUUUUGCAAGACUGAUCUUGUUUAAGUAAAUUAAGGAUCUAUUAUCAAAGUUUUUCUUCUUCCUUCGCGUAUACUACGAUGUACCUACCUACAUAUAUAAGAUAUUAGUUCAUUUUGUGAGUAAAGGUAGUCGUGCAAACGUACAGUGAUCAUAUGAUCAACUGACCGGUAAAACUGUAGUAAAAAGUUCGUAGCUGCCCUGUCCACAGAAUAAGCAUCGAAAAUAUAAAAUAACUGAACUAGCGAGUAAAUAAUUGAUGAAAUACUCGAGUUUUCUCUGUAAAAUAGGUAACAAGACUCAAAUCAAAUAUUUGGUACCAAAAAAAAAAAAAAUGGAAUGUUAAACUUGAAAGUAUGUAUAGGUACUUAUGUUUGAAUUGAGAAUAAGUAAUUUCAAAUUAUACUUACUGCGAACUUUCGUACAAUUUGGACCCAUUUUUCUUUUUUUUAUGAUUUUGGAUGGUAAAUAGACCUAGUCUGGUACAUAUUAAGCAUGGACAAAAUUGACAGCUCGACUUUUUGAAAUCCCUUCGAGUUCGAGUAGUUUUCCUAGUCUGAGUUACCGGAAUACGAUAUUCACGUACGAAUGCUACGAUCUACCUAUACUUAUACUUGCAAUUAAGCAAACAGCAACGACUCGUAAUCGUUUUUAAUUUAUAAUCAAAUCGCAAAUACCUACAUAUUAGGUACCUACGUAAUUAUUAAGCUAUUAAGAUAUACAAAUAUUAUGUACGAUACCUACAUUGAUAUUGUUUUAUUGUUAGACCGAUUACGCUUAUAUUUGUCAAAUGUACAAGACCUUUUAUAUUUUGUGCCAUCGAAUCGACGAUUUAUGGUACAGCGCAUAAAACAUUACCCAGCUACCCCUCCAAGUAUGUACAUUGUACAUGCAAUAUCACAAGUACUCGUACGUAUAGUGCAUAGUAAAUGCAUAUCGCGUAGAUCUAAAUCUAAAUAAAUGUACGUAAUGUUGUAUACUGCGAAAUGUACUGAACAGCUGGUCUUGCGGUUUUCGUUUUAUGUUUUUUUCCCUUCAUCAUUUUGUAUUUAUUUUAAGUAUUUUUCAUUUUUCGUUUUUUCGUUGUUAUUUUCUUAUUGAAAUAGGUUUGUAACGAAAUGAAAAGUAUAUUCGUUGUUACACACGACUAUUUUCAUUGGUCGCGAUCAUCGAAGACAGAUUGCGAUUGCGAAGAUCAUUCUGACGGUUUGCUUUUUUCUUAGCAAACGUCUGUUGGAUUUUUGAACAAUCUGUCAACGUGUAGAGGCCUAUAGGUACCUAAUAAUCAUAUUUACAGAUGUUUCCGGCGUUAAAAAUUCAACGCUAACGUACUUAGCCGUAAUGUACGCCGUACCUACCUAUAUUAGACGUCAAUUAACACGUUCGAAUUUUGGCGAAAAGAAAUACCUAAAUAAAUAAGCGUGCCGCUUACAAAAAGAAAAAAAAUGAAAUAUAAUAUAUUAUUUUUAGAUGGUAGAAAAAAUUAUUAAAGAUAAUUAUUUAGCGCCUGAUUUAUCGUCUUCGUCGUCGGUUUCAUCGGCACUUCCAGCACUGCUGCGAGUACCGUCCGAAUCAUUGGCGUUGGUUUCAGUUUCAGAAACGUUAUUCGAAACACUUUUCCCGUCUUGGUCAGUCUUCUCGCCAUCUUUACCGCUAUUCAAAAAAGAUUCCCAUUUUUUAAGACGCGCUUCCUCUUCUUCUUUCGUUUCUUGAACCCUGAACGGAGAAAAUUCGCAACAAAAAAUGAUAACAUAGGUACCUAACGGAAUAGCUUUUCGAAAAAAUAAUAAUAUAAAACGCACUUGUAUUUAGUUUUCCCAUCCCACGUUUCGGCCGUUAUUAAUCGUUUACCAAACCAUCUGUUGUUCAAUAGUUGAACGCACGCGUCCGCUGCUUCUGCUUCUUUGAACCAAACUUGCGCUACGCCAUCUUGGUGUUUCUGUAAAAAAUCGACACGAAAUACAAUUUCCAUAUUUACCUAAUCGUAGUACAGAGAAUGUGAAAGAUGAAAACUAGAAAGAGAAAACCGAAUCGACUUACAUCGUAAAUGACGACUUUUUUAACGACUCCGCAUUUCGCGCAUUCUUCUUUGAUAUCUUCUCGGUAUUCUAUAAUUAGACCUAAAUUCUCGUCGAACAUACUGGGAUCGAAUAGAUUCUUAAUUACUACCACGCAUUCGUGCUUAGCGCGUUCGCCGCGUAAUUUAUCCGGCUGCCACGCGAAUAAUCUGUAAAAAAAAAACCAAAAAACAAAUUUAGACUAUUCCAGUAAGUACCUAAUUCAAAAUACGCGUUCUCUUAUGACACUCGGCGUUACAUACUUUUCUUGCAUUUUUUUCAAUUUUUCUUUAUCUUUUCGGCGUUUUUUCUUCGGUUUUAAACUGGGAUCGUACGCAUUACCCUUCAUUGUGAAGUGAGCUUUCUCAACUUUGAUUUUCUUGCCUCGAAACUCGUAAUCAUCCAAUAACUUUAACGCCAAAUCCACCGAUUCUUUCUAACGAAAAAAUAAAGGCGCAGAAUUUGAAAGUUGUAACCUAUCUGUUCUCGCAGCCAGUGAACCGAAACAGUUAUCAAAUAUGUAACGUGGAGUAACUUUCAAACAAAGUACAAUUUCAAAAAUAUUCCACAUAAAUUCACUACGCCAACGGUGUACGAAUAUAAUGUUAAUUUAUUAACAAAAUCCGAUUUUAAUCGUUAGAUAUUUAAAAUUUUUGAAAAAUAUGUUUUCGGCGAAGUUCUCAGCAGUUACACUAAUAAUUGUAACGAUUUCGAUAUUAUAUGCACGAUGCCAGCUUCAAUAUCAAAAUGAUUGUCCAUUCGGAUGGACGCGUUGCGGUAAUAUAUGUUUUUUCACGAGCUCGAAAGAGAACCAAGUUCCGUGGAGAAUGGCAACUGACGAGUGCCAAUCCGUUAGAAACGACAGCAAGCUUCUAAUACUCGACAACAGAGAAAAAGACGAAAAUAUCAGAAGCUGCUUGCAACAGAAUUCUACAAUUGCCGAAGUAUUAUGGAUAGACGGAAUUUUCAACCCUAAACAAAAACGUUGGGUUUUCGGAGAAACAGCGCAACCGCUUCAGUAUCAGGCUUUUUCGAGGAAACAACCGCAAGAUGAUUCCGAAUGGAGAUGUAUAGCGCUAAAUAAACAGGUGCUUUACAGAUGGAGUUCGAUCGACUGUUUUUCAAAUAGACCUUUCAUUUGUGAAAUUAUUAGUAAUUAAAACCGCGAAUUGUUA